GCAGGCUGCGUUCCGGCCUCGGGGCCGUCUGUCCCGCCCUCAGCCGCCGCCGCCGCUGCCGCCGCCGCAGCCACAGCCUCCCCUGCCCGGCGCCAUGGCCGCUGCGGCCGGGGACGGCGCGGUGAAGCCGCUGCAGUGUGCCAUGAAGCUGGCCAACGGGGCCAUCGAGCUGGAUACCGGCAACCGGCCCCGGGAGGCAUAUACGGAAUACCUGAGGAGCAUCCACUAUAUCUCCCAGGUGCUGUUGGAAGAAGUGGAGACAACCAAAGAAGGUGGGGAAACUGUGGCCCCGGACACCUCAAAGAUGCUGAAGCUGGCCGAGCAGUGUCUGGAGAGGGCCCAGUCAACAGCUGCCAAGCUCGGGAAAACAUACCUGAAGCCAGCCAUGCCCACGGCUGCUCCUGUCCCCUCACCGACCAGCCGACAUCGCCGGGUGUACUCAGAUGAAGGGGGGAAACUCUCUCCCUUUCUGCCGCCCGAGAUCUUCCAGAAGCUUCAAGUGGUAGAGUCACAAAGUUCUAAGAAGGAGCUGACGCCCCUGCAGGAAGCCUCUCUGCAGAACCAGAAGCUGAAGGCCGCCUACGAGGCCCGGAUGGCCCGUCUGGACCCCAGCCAGGCCCUGCAGAAGACCUCCCUGACCCUGUCCCUGCAGCGGCAGGUGAUGGAGAACCUUGUGAUCGCCAAAGCCCGGGAGGAGACCCUGCGGAGGAAGAGGGAGGAGCGCCGGCUGCGGCUCCAGGAGGCAGCCGACAGGAGGUUCUGCAGUCAGGUGGCCCUGACCCCGGAGGAGCGGGAGCAGCGGGCCCUCUAUGCCGCCAUCCUCGAGUACGAGCAAGACCACGACUGGCCGAAGCACUGGAGAGCCCAGCUCAAGAAGAGCCCGGGGGACCUGUCGCUGGUGACCAGCCUGGUCUCCCACCUGCUCAGCGUUCCCGACCACCCCAUCUCGCAGCUCCUGAAGAAGCUCCAGUGUGCGGUGUACCGGGCGCUGUACCCCGUCGUGAGCAGGGGCGCCGCGGGCGCCGCUUCCGCCCCCGGCUGCUGCUCCUUGUCCCCAGACGCCGACGGGCUGCGGGCUCCCGGGAGCCGGCGGCUCCGGCCCUCGCAGAGCCUCUACUGCGUGCUCUCCCCCGCGGAGCCGGGCCCCGCCCCUCGGCCCCCGGACGGCACCCACGGCGCCCCCCCCACGCCCCCGCCGCACGCCGGCCCCCCCGAGGGAGGGGCGGACGGCGGCCCCGCCGGGCCUGCCUCCCCCCUGGCACACACCCCGCCGGGCGUGCAGAGCAGACACAGCUCCUUCGAAGACCUCGAACACUUCUUGGCCACUUCUGAGGGGUGGGGCCGGGGGCGUGGGAGGCCGCCCGAGCCCCAGGCCUCGGGGGUGAAGACGGAGCCGUUGUCGGAGCAGCUGAAGAGUACCGUCAAGGACAUACACAACGCCAUCGACAGGCUGCUUUCGCUGACUCUCCUGGCUUUUGAAGGCCUGAAUGCGGCCGCCUCCAAGGACCGAUGCCUGGCCUGCAUCGAGGAGCCUUUCUUCUCCCCGCUGUGGCCCUUGCUGCUGGCACUCUACAGGAGCGUGCACCGCCUCCGGGAGGCCGCCCUGAGCAGGAGCAUGGAGCUCUACAGGAACGCGCCCCCGACGGCCAUAGGCGUUCCCACGAAGCUCCUGCCCCGGGGCCUGGAGGCCACAGGAGCCGGUGCCUUCCCCUACUGUGCUGCAGCCCAGGAGCUGGGGUUGCUGGUUCUGGAGAGCUGUCCCCAGAAGAAGCUGGAGUGCAUCGUGCGGGUCCUGCGGGUUAUCUGUGCCUGUGCCGAGGGUUACUGCCGGGCCCAGGAGGCUGCGUCUGAGGCCAGACCCCAGCUUGGUGCCGCAGCCAUCGGUGCCGACGACCUGCUGCCCAUCUUGUCCUUCGUGGUGCUGAGAAGCGGUCUCCCCCAGCUGGUGUCAGAAUGCGCAGCCCUGGAGGAGUUCAUCCAUGAGGGGUACCUGAUCGGAGAGGAGGGUUACUGCCUGACGUCACUACAGAGCGCCCUGAGCUACGUGGAGCUGCUGCCCCGGGGUGCCCUGGGCAAGUAGAGCAGGACAGGACCUGCGGAGGACCACCAGGAGUCACCUGCUCUGGGUGGGGGGGGGGGGCAGCAGCAGGCCGGCUGUGGCAGGGCUCUGCAGCUCUCACUCGUGCCCUGACCGGACGUCUGCCCCAGGGCCUUGAGGAGGCCCCUGUGCUCUUCAGAGGAUAGAUCUGAGCUGAAUCAGCUCCUGGGAGCCAGGCCCUUCUCUUUCCUCAGCCUGACUUUGUGCAGGGAAACCAGAGCUGUGGACUCUCCUGGGGCCUGUGCACCCUCACAGACCCAGCCACUCAAGGGUAGGGAGGGAGCCGUAGGCCUGGCAGAGGGCAGGUCUGCUUUCUCUCCCUUCCCAUCUCCUGUGACAGCCAGCUUCCGGUGCCAGUUUCUUGUUGGGGUCAAGGAGAGAGCCGUCCCCAUCCCCUGCCUCCAAGGCCUGGAGCCCAGGUGGUCUGAAGCUAUACUGUUUACUUACGGGGCAUUGAGCACUCCCCUCUCCUCUGUAGCCCAGGCCUCCCCAGGGUGCCCACCCGCGUCUGGGGCCUCUGAGCUGUGCCCUCCCUCGGCAGUAGGCAUUGGACAUCCUGGGGCCUCUGGCUGAUUCCCGCCCUGCACGUCCCUUUCUGGGUCAGCGUGAAGCCGAGGAUCAACGCCUGCCUGCAGCGCAGCGUCCGCUCUGUUACGUGCCCCGGGCAGCCACUGACACGGCCAGAAAUAAAGAGGUCACUGGUGUCUGUCUCUG